AUGAAGUUCCUCACUGCCACGUGCCUCGUGGCCGGCGUCUCGGCCGGCAUCGUCCACCCGCCCACGCGGGUGUACGAGCGCGACUUUGCGACCAUCACCGGCGUCAUGGCCGACGCCGGCGCCAGCAUCGAGAAGCUGACGGCCGCCGUCAACGCCUACGCUGGCGAUGUCCAGCCCAUCACCGACGCGUCGGAGGCGCUCGUGAAGACGCUCCAGGACGGCAAGGUCACGGUCGGCACCUCGGACCAGCUCGACCUGCUCGACACGGCCAACCUGUACACGCCGGUGCUCACGCUCCAGGGCCAGAGCCAGUCUCUGCUCGACGCUCUUGUGGCCAAGCGCGAUGUGAUUGAGAAGGACAACCUGUGCGACAUUACGCGCGAGCAGGUCAACGCGAUCAGCGUCAACUCCAACGCUCUCAUCGACGCCGUUGUGGCCAAGGCCUUUGAGGAGGCUCAGGAGGUUGCCAAGGAGCUCGCGCAGCCCCUCGUUGACAUCCUCAACAACUCGACCGUGCAGUUCAACACGGAGAACUGCGUCAACGCCGGCGGCGUCUCCAGCUCCACCACUGCUACCCCCACGGUCUCUCCCACGGACUCGACGACGUCGAAGCCUACCGAUACGAUCACGCCCACCCAGACCGGCACCUCUGAGACUGGCUCUGUCACGCCCACUGGUUCCGCUACUCAGACCGGCACUGUUUCCGAGACUGGCUCUGGCACCGCCACCGGUACUGGCUCUGCCACCGGCACUGGCACUACUUCCCAGCCUGGCGGCACCGAGACCGUCACUGCCACGGCUACCUCCACCGAGACCGUCCCCUGCACGACCGAGACCGGCUCUGGCACUGAGACUGCCUCGGCUACUCAGACGGGCUCUGAGCCCUGCACUACCGAGACUGCCACGGCUACUGCCACCGAGACGGCGCCCUGCCCCUCCGGCUCCGGCUCGGCUCCUGGCGGGGAGUCGUCCACCUUCGUCACCGUUCCCACCGGCGGCGGCAGCCAGCCCACUGGUGGUGAGGAGCCUACCGGCUCCCAGCCGCAGCCCACGGGUGGUGACGAGGAGCCCACGGGCUCGCAGCCGCAGCCUACUGGCGGCGAGGUGCCCACUGGCGGUGAGCAGCCCACUGGUGCGUCGCCGACGACGGCUCCUCCCGUCGUCACCGCCGGUGCCGCGCUUGUCGCCCCCGCUGGCGCCCUUGCAGUCGCCGUUGCUGCCCUCCUGAUGUAA